AUGCCAGCGCUCGGCCAAAUGAAUGGCCUGCUCUAUCUUUCCGCGCGAGUAAGGUCUUGGCCGGUUGUCACCCAGCCCGGUGGAUCAACGUGGGCGAAUCGUGUUUCUCAGCAGGUUGCUGAUGAACGGGCCAUCUUCGCUUUUGAUGCCAGCGCCAAUGCCAACGCCAACGGCGGCGACCCCUACUUGGCAAACGGGAGAGCCAACAGCAGGACGCCGCUUUCGUCGCCACCCACAUCGCCCUUCCGCCGCCGGGUCAGCAUUCCCCUUGCCAACUUCCCCAGCCCGCCAAGCGGUCUGCGCGCAGAAGGAGGCUUCCUCGCGCUCUUCCACUGCUGCAACUCGACGACUAGUUGCAACGUCUUGAUGCUACCACGCCCUAAUAACUACCGCUCGGGUCAUCACCGUCACCCGGCCCUGCAAUCGACGGAACGCUAUGUUCGACGUGGCUCGACGAGGCCCGGAGAUGGAACCAGUCCCAUGCGUCGGGCGGCUGGUCUCGCCAUUGUGUACGGGGGAAAGAGCUGGGCUCAGAUCCGCCACAUGCUCGCGUCCUUUUCCUGCUGCGCCGGCCGCCCACACGCCGGGCUCCCGGAAGAGGCCGCGGACGCUAGUAGCGAGUAUUCGGAACGCAGUGAAACGCGCUCGAAGGCAUAG